AUGCAUCUUUCCCUAUCCAAGUGGUUGGGUAGUAAGCUGGUUUUCGGUAGCAGAAGACAAAAAAGUACGUGCAGAAUAACUCGCAAGCCUGCCGGGCUAUGUGAUGUCUUCAUUAACCACAGAGGGAUGGACACUAAACGCAACAUCGCUGCAUUGCUUUACGAUCGUUUCGUCCAUCUGAACCUUAAUCCCUUCAUAGAUUACAAGAGCAUGAAGCCUGGCGACGAGCUCUUACAGAAUAUUGAAGCUGCUAUACGGGACUGUAAGGUUGGGGUCGUCAUCUUCUCUCCACAUUAUUGUGAUUCUCACUUUUGUCUCCAUGAAUUGGCUCUCUUGAUUGAGAAUGAGAAGGUGGUGAUUCCCAUAUUCUAUGAUGUCAAGCCUUCUGAACUUGUGCUUGUGGAUGAUGGAAGUUAUUCAGCCAAGGAGCUGCAUAGGUUUAAAUUGGCGAUUGAGCGGGCCAAGCGCAGGGUGGGCUUUCCCUUUGAUUCCUUCAACGGGGACUGGUCGGACCUACUAAAAAGAGCUUCGGACAGCGUGGUGGAAGUGUUGAUGGAAUUCGAUGCAAAAAUUGACAAGGAAGUGAAACAAAAACGAGUUGUAGUAAACAAAUGGACAAAGAUGGAAAUACAUGAUCAAUUAAUAAAGUAA